AUGGAGUAUUGAGCCUGUGGAAGGGUGUGGCAGACUCGGGGCUGAUGGGCGAGGUCCUGUCCAGUCUCCAGACUGAGUUAUUAGCCACUCUGAAAGGAGUGGAGGUUCGCAGUGAGAAGGCCAGCCUGCAGGAGACAGAUGCCGUCAUACUUAAUUCCCUGUGUAAGAUGUUUGGCCUUUUAGACUCAGUAAAGCAAGCUCUGGACCUGAAGCGCAGCCAGGGUGAAGAAAACAAAAUCCAUAACAAUUUUUAUGUGCUGGAUGAGAGUUUGGAGGAGCGAAGGAAGCAGGGUUGUGAUAAAAGCACCUCUUACAAAAUUCAAUCCUUGAAACACCUACGACCUCACCGCCACAACCUGUCAAACAGCCAAACCCACAACAUGCUGUCCCCUGUCAAAACAAGCCCAGUGAUCCAGCCUCUCUCCGUCACCAGUUUAUCUGUCGCACCUUACGCUCAGCUCACCAUCAACCCUCAGCUCUUCACCCAUUUCUCUACCUCCGCUGGCCAGCGCCACCACGCCGGAGCUGGCAGGAUGGACAGGGACGCCCAUAAUACCACGCUGGAGAGGGAGCGUGAGCUUGGUGAGAAUCAGGAGAAGCUUCGCAGGCUGGGACAGGCGGGUGUGGAGGGAGAGGACACCUCAGGGAUUCACAAAGAGCCUGGACAGAGGACUGUUAAGUUUCAAGGAGACCCUCACCUUAGAAGUGAGGAUGUAGACGAGACGGAGAGCUUGCAAGGUAUUGAAAAGGUGGUUACAGGAAGAAAGGCGUCAAAGAAACAUAAAAGUAUGUGAGGGAGAGAGAGACGAUCUCAAAGGGAAGCUGGACUAAAAGAGGGAUUGUGCCUGAAACCUGAAGACUAAACUUACUUUGUCAAACUGUAUUUUUCCUCCCUUUGUAUGCUCGUGUAUAUACUGCGGUUACAUCAGUCGGAGUUUCUGCAGCAGUGUUACAAGCACAGAUUGGUUCUGGCAUUGAGGCUGUCACUGACACUUUCUGGACUUGCUUUUCUGACAUUUCAACAACUCAAAAUACAGUUGAGCUGAAUUAUUGGUUAAAUCAUUGAUAGGUAGAUUUACUUUUAAUAAUCAAUUAAUCAUUUGAGUCGUUAUCUAAGCAAUAAUCCCCCAAAUUCACUGGUCCCAGCUCCUCAGAUUGAAAUGAUGGUGCUUUUCUUAGUCUUUGGGUUUUGGACUAUCAGUCGAACUGAAUUCGCAAUAUUUUGCAAUAUUAAUUAAUCACUUUGGGCUCUGGGAAAUUGCAAUGAGCUUUUUUUUUUUUUUUUCCUUACUAUUUUCUGAUAUUUUAUAGACUAGAAGUGAUAAAUCAGCAAUAAAUAAUUUAACUGAUUAUAAAAUAAUGGUUAGUUGCAGACCUAAAAUCCAGACUGCUCUCUUGUCUACUGAACAUAGCACUACAAACAGUAUUCUGUGUCAGUAUUUCUAAAUUUAGUGAAGAUACAGUUCUUAAGAUGCCUCUCAGAUGUGUGUAAAUAUAAUGUUUGGUUCUAUUUAUGAUCUUCGGUGAUAACAUUUUCCCCAGUCUAAAAGUAGUUUGAAUCUUUUGGAGGUCUUUGCGACAAUUUUUCCUUCUACUUUUGUAAUUAAUUUCUUAUAACUAUUUGUAAUGGAACAUUUUGUGAUUUGCACUUGUGUGUUGAAUUUUAUAUAAUUUGGAUUUUGUGAAAUACGUCUCACUCAGGCUUGUAUUUAGGCCCUUGUUAUAAUGCCUAAGAUCUAUGCACCGGACACUAACUGUCCUUCUGACAGUAAGAAUUAUAUAUAAUAUAAGUACUGUGACUGUUGAUGUGCUGUCGCUUUAUGCAGGAUUUUACUAACAUGUGCUGCAAAUACAUCAUCUGGUUAAUUUACUUUCCCCCCUCUUUUUUAUCAUAGAAAAAGCACAACAGAAGAAAUAUGUGAUGAGAGUAGGACACUAAUGUCUCAAUUUCCUUGUAAAAAUGAUGAGCACAUUUAAAUAAAAACCU